UUUCAAGCACGAAUUUGUCAGCGACUUCCACGGAGGACCGUCAGGUCAUAGAACUCCCGAUGUACCGACCGGCUCGUCUCGUCACAAGAGAAACGUGAGACGGCAGAAGAUGGAGGACUGGACCGAUGCCAAGCUUCAUAACCACCAUGACAUCCACGAAGAGGAUGAACAAAAAGAAGAACCGAUACGCCCUCUAGAGAUGCCUAUGCACGAGCCCGUAGCUGUCGAGCCGCCGCUGUCGAUUAGGCUGCCCCCCACACAACCAAGCAUCGCAAAGAACGGGCUCCAUAUUCUAAGCGAGGUUUUCCGUCUGGGACACCAUUACUCAAGAUCGCCUAGCCUGUUAGAUGUCGUUCUCAUCGCGAUUGACUUCGAGAACAUCAACACCAUCAAGAGCGGGAUUUCUCUCAAGGAUAAUUGCCAAGUUGGCCUUGCCAUUCUGGACACAAGAGAAAUCUACCGAGUCUCACCAAGCAGGCUUAUAGUAACGCACAACAUGGCCACAGGAUCUCCCUCAUACCUUAUGAAAGCUUCCCGCAAGUUUAUUUUUGGGGAGACCAUUACGAUUCGUCCAUCCUAUAUGGCCGGUCGUAUUCAAUCCUUGAUAAUUACCCCCAGCUCGGAAUGUGGCUUUUGUAGGUCAUGGAAUCCUCAACGACCUUCAGGCUUUACAAGCUCUCGACUUCCCGUUCCCAGAACGUCUCUCGGCGGUGCUAGACACUUCUAAAAUAGCCAAUGAAGACUUUUCCUUUUGGGGUGGUUCUCUCGGCGACCUGCUGCUUUCCCUAGGGUGUCCCUUCAACAGGCUUCAU